GUUUAUUCUAGCCAAUCACAAUGAGGCUGUCUAUCGGGACGUCAUCAGAUACGUCAUUAAUGUAGAGUGAUUAAUUACACAUCGCCAGCACAGCCUGCCCACAUCACCAGUGCAGAAAGACAUAUUUUAGAGAGUGAUAUAACUAAAUAUACACGUGCUGUUACAAAAAAUUAAAGGUUGAACGUGAUACGAGAAAAUUCGGAUUUUCUUCUUCAGUGAUUUAUUAAAAGGUGAAGUAUCAUUAUAGGAUUUUAAAAAGGAAAACAUUUAUUAUGGGAACUUGCAGAUAUUGCUUACAAAGUAACCUUUCCCGUUUAUAUGAGGCCAGACUCAAGGAAAACAGAUCUAAGCUAAUGAGGGGCAGAUGUACUUGUUCCACACAAGAAGGAGCUCCAAUUGGAGCUCUUGGAGAAGAGCUUCCAGUUGAGCUCUGGCUCAAUGGGGGAAGUAGAAAUCGAAGGACAAAUAAUGGUCCAGUCACCAGCAGGAGACCUCUUAGAACCAGCGAUCGAAUAAAAAAUCGCUCUAGACUUCCAAGUGCAAAUCAGCCGAUUCAAACGGCAAUUCAAACUUCAAACAGCAAUUCAACCGAUGAGCAGCAUGAUUGCGUGAUUUGUCAAGAUGCUGAAACCGACACCGAUAAGCAACGAUUGCCAUGCGGUCAUAGUUUUCACAAACUUUGUGUGACCACUUGGCUGGAACUGACUAACUCUUGCCCCGUCUGCCGACAGAAGCUUGACAUUACUAAUGGUCAAUUGGACUUUGGUCAACGCAUAGAAAAUAUUACAUUUCGCCUGGGAGUCGUGUCUUCACUACUAAAAAGAACACAGGAAGUGACUUCACUUGUGAUGGAAAAUGUUGAAAAACAAUUAAACGAUUUGUCUCGCAAUCUGCCCUCAUAAUGGGCUGUUGUGACUGGAGAUGCUUUCUUCGGUGUGCCAUUUUAUUACAAUAUCAACCAGAAGCUUACAGAAAAUCACUUACCAAAUUAAUCAGAGUAAUUAGAAACAAUGAGUCAUAUUUUUUAAAACUUCACUAGUGUAAAAACAAGAUCAUUGCAGGGAACAAAAUCAAUUAAUUAUUCAUCCUAUUAAUUUGUAAAUAACAUGUCACGUUGUAUUUGUUCUUCAUUCUCUUUUAAUUUCUUAGUACAUUUUUUUGCAUGGAACUGUAGAAUUUUUAAAAAAGUAAGCCUUACAUUUUAUAGCUGUAAAUAUUUUAGGCGAUUCAUCAUUGUUUAUCUUAUUAAUUUGUAAAUAAAAUGUCACGCUGAAA